AUGUUCACAUCAAAAGAAAUCCCUCCAAAAGUAUACACUCUGGAAAACGGAUUUGCAUAUGACCACCAUCCAUACGGCAACCAGGUAGCAAGACCUGAUGGGCCGCUGCUUUUGCAGGACGUCCAUCUUGUGGAAUCGAUGGCCCAUUUUGACAGGGAAAGGAUCCCCGAAAGAGUGGUACAUGCGAAGGGCGGUGGUUGCAGAAUUGAGUUUGAAUUGACAGACUCGCUUAAGGACAUUACAUACGCAGCCCCAUACCAAACUCCUGGUUAUAAAUGCCCUGGUGUCGUUCGAUUCUCAACGGUGGGACGUGAGUCUGGCUCCCCCGAUACUGUAAGAGAUCCCAGAGGUGUUUCUUUUAAGCUUUACACAGACUGGGGAAAUCAUGACUAUGUGUUCAACAACACACCAGUCUUCUUCAUAAGGGACGGAAAUCAAUUUGCACAUUUCAUUCAUACUCAAAAAAGAGACCCUCAAACGCAUUUGGGCCAAGACGAUGACAGCUCUGCCUUCUGGGAUUACCUGACGCUGAAUCCUGAAUCCAUCCAUCAAAUAACGUAUAUGUUCGGGCCAAGAGGUACUCCAGCAUCAUGGGCUGAUAUGUCCUCGUAUUCCGGUCACACAUUCAAGUUUGUUAACGACAAAAAUGAGUUGACCUACGUGCAGAUUCACAUUUUGCCAGAAAAUGGAUGGGAAUACCUAAGCACCGAAGAGGCAGGAAAUCUUGCUGGAUCUAACCCAGAUUACAACCAGGCUAAGUUGUUUAAGCAAUUGGAAAACGGCGAACGCCCCAAACUUACGUGUUACGUGCAAACAAUGACACCUAAACAGGCAGAGGAAUUCAGAUACUCUGUCAACGAUUUAACAAAGAUCUGGCCACACAAAGAGUACCCGUUAAGGAAAUUUGGUACAAUCACGCUAGUUGAAAAUGUUGAGAACUAUUUUGAAGAAAUCGAGCAAGUUGCUUUCAGUCCAAGUAAUACCUGCAUCCCAGGUAUUCAGCCUUCUAACGAUUCCGUUUUACAGUUGAGAUUAUUUUCUUAUCCUGAUACACAGCGUUACAGACUAGGAGCUAAUUACCAGCACUUACCAGUGAACAGACCUAGAAAUGCUGGCUGCCCAUUUAUUUCGGCAUUUUCAAACGGUGUUUCCGAGAAGGAAGUUAUACCUGGCGCUACCAAAUGUCCACACCAGAUAUCAAACUUUCAAAGAGAUGGUCCUGGCUGUCAAUACAACAAGGGGAAGGAACCGAACUAUAUUUCAUCCCUUCCAAAGGCUGAAAUGAAAUUUAAGAACUUUGGGGACCCUAACAUGCAAGCAUUCGGCAAGGAAUUCAGUGGGGUUGUUCUUGAUAAAGAUGUAAAGCAAUACCUAAAGCAGCAGGAAAUCGAUAGAAAGGAUCACGAAAAGAUUGUGGAUGCCAAGCUGAAUGAAUACUAUUACAAAAGCGGAAUAAGCGAGCUAGAUUUUGAGCAACCUAGACUUCUCUACGAGAAAGUCUUCGACGAUAAGACCAAGAAAGAUUUCAUUGAUAACAUCGUGGGCCACGCUUCCAAAGUUGCCGUGCCACAUAUCAAAACAAGGGUCUGUCAAUAUUUCGGUCUUUUAAACAAAAAUUUGGGUAAGUCUAUCGCAGAAGGACUUGGCAUAACAUGGGAACCGGUAAGUAUGGACCAAUAUGCGCAAGAGGCUGGCAUCGCUAAACCAUAUUAA